AAACUAAAAUUCUCCUCUGGCUUUCACUGAAUAUGCCAUAUUUUACUUUUUUACUUAUUUAAUCAGAGUUGCUAAAGAUGUUUUACUACCCAACAGUUUUAAAGCGUCAUUCUGGAUGUUUUUCUACAAUCUGGCUGGUUGCUACAAAAGGGAUCAGAGUUACUCGGCGAGACUUUCUAAAAGUCAACGUUAAAAACACCUGUGAUGACAUCAUGAACUACGUGCUGGAACGUGUCCCUCCUCCUCGGCCGGACCUGCCGCGGCCUCGGUUCUCCCUGUACCUCUCCUCUCAGCUCCAGUAUGGCGUUAUUGUGGUAUACCACCGUCAGUGUGCUAUUCUGCUGGAGGAUCUUCAGUCCAUCGUGGGCCAGCUGAUGAAGCAGAGAACCUUGAAGAAAAUUGACAUGGAUGAACACGUUAGGCAACCUCUUCUUUUCCCAGACCAUCUGUUGCUCUCAGAAGAAACAGAGGGGGCCCCGGACCCGUUAUUCGGAGUGAUGCGCAUGCAGGAAGCCAUGCCCAGUCCAACUGUACUGAUACAGGCAUAUCUGAGGGAAGAGUCUCCUGAACAACCAGAACUGAUCAGUCCUGUGGCUACUCCAAAAAGUGCUAUUACCGCCUCUCCUGAAACCAUCACACUUCAAGACAAAGAGCCUGUUACUAUCCCCUCCGCUGAGUUUGAAGGGAUGGAGCUCGAUGAUCAACCUCAAGAUAUCAUUGACGUUCUGUUGGCGGAACCUGGUCAUUUUCCAGAAGAAGAACUGGAGAUAGUGAUGGCAGAAGAGCAAGAGAGGGAGAUAGAAAGAGAGGAAGAUGCAGAAAUAAAGACGACAAAAGAGCUAACAGGAUCCACUCUUGAGAUACAGCCCACACUGUCCGGGGAAGAAGCCAUACUGCUGCCUCAGGAGGAACCAGGUAUGCCCUCAAAGACAGCUGAGCUCCCCGCUGACCAGCUGACACCUGUCUCUGCUCCUGUCUUGCCCUCUCCUCCAUCUGCAGAGGAACAUGAAGCUCCCAGAAGAGAGCUAGAGGUUGACCCAUCUCUUCCUGAGGAGACGAGGAGGAAGAGAAAGAAACAGCUGAUCUUCUUUGACCCAGAGACACAGAUUUCGGAGGACAUACUGCAGCAACAGAUCAGCAACCCUCUGAUUGAGACCAGACGCCUGCUUCUUCCUUCUCUGUCUCACAGGAUUGUCCCUGUUUCUGAUUUACUCAACAAACCCUGUGGCUCCUUGCCUCAGGAUGUUCUGUUUCUAUGGAGACAAGCUGCUGUCAUCACACCUCUCUCUGGCUCCGACCUGCAGGUCGGAGAGAGAGGGCUCGAAUCCACUGACUCCGAGAAGGAACGAGAGCUUGAGACAGCUCCGAGAGAGGAUGAGAGGCCGGAGCUCAGCUUCAAGGAGGUUGCAAGGGAGAUGACAGAGGCGGAGCUGUUUGAUAUUCCAGGUCCAGAAAUGGGCUCCCUGCCACUCGAGGCCUCUGACCAAAGAGAAGUGUCUCGAGAAAUUUCCCCCAUCAGGUCCACCCCAGACACAGAAAGGUCGGCCGUAUCCAGAUCUGCGUCCAUACUGAAGGACAUACCAGAGGAGCUGGAGGAAGAACCUCAGAGAGAAGCAGUGGAGUUUUGGGGGAUGAUAGCAGAUUUACCAGAGUCUGAAGAGCCACCUGUGCUCUUCCACUCUCUUCUGCCACCGGAGGCCAACCGCAGAACUGUCAGCAACAUUUUUCACAGGCUUUUGGCAUUAUUAUCAGCCGGGAAGUUGCAGGCGGAGCAAGAAGAGCCUUAUGGGGACAUCAUGAUCUUACCGGGUCCUCGCAUCGAUGAGAUACAGCUGACUUUGUGAUGUGUAAACAGACCUCCACAACACACAGAAUACUUGUUUUUUUUCCCGUUGGUGUUUCUGAUAUUGAUUCUGUCAACUUUGUGACAAUUUCUACACAGAAUGAAUUCCCAGAUUUCACAUUUUAUAAAGUCGUCAUUUCAUGAAAUU